AUGGCACAACAACAUCGGGAAAGUAUGUGGUAAGUUGACUUUGGUUAUUUACAGCUAAGUAUUUAAGGCAAUCCUACAAGUAUUUUUUGUGUAUAUUUUCAGGAGAGAUCGAUUUAUGAGCGAACUGGAAAAUGAUGAGAUUAAUCGCCAGCUUUGUGCCGUGGACACAUUUUCUUGGUCCCCUGAAACUCAAGAGGAGAUUCUUGCGGAAUGGAAUGAUUGGCAACACCAUGAAACGGCUUCGACAGAACCAAGUUUGUGUUGUGAUGAAUGUGGUCGCGUAUUUACGCGUUCGGACAACCUGAACCGACAUAUGAAAUCUCACAGUGACAAAAACCACGAGUGUUCGCGUUGCCACAAAACGUUUAAUCGGAAGGUACGUAAUUUACAAGGAUGUAUUUCAAAACAUAGUAAAGUAUUUUGAGCUAAUAACAUCUACUUAUAUUAUUUCAAGGAUGCUUUGAACCGGCAUAUGAGAAUGCACGAACAACGAAGAGCCCAAAGGGAAUACAACUGCAAUAUUUGCGGUGAGGUGUUUCGAAAUAUAUUCCCAUUCCAAGCCCAUCAGCGUGAUGUCCAUCAGACUGGUGGUGGGAAACGUACGAAGACGUCAACCCGGCGAACGAAAAGGCAAAGAACUGCUGAACCAGGUAUGUAUAAAUGAAAAUAUUUUGAUUACUAACUUUGUAUUUAUACACAUAUAUUUUUCUUUUAAGAACCGCCAUCAUCUUCGACACGCCUUAACGAAGGUAAGAGAGUAUAUAUGCUGUGUAAUAAUUUAAGUUAAAAUCACACUAAAACAUUUUUCACCUUUUCAGGAGCUUCUACAGUCGUCAGCGAAGGUAUGAAAUUCAAAUUUUUAUACCGUAUAUAGUAUAUUGAUUGUGGUGAUUUGAUGUGUAUAUUGACAUUGUUAAUUACUCGCAACCUUGGUUUUAAAACAUUGCCUGGAGAAAGACUUUGAAAUCCUAACGUUUAAGAAAGAAAGACUUUGAAAUCCUAACGUUUACAUUUCAUGCUGUUUUCAUGUUGUUUCACUGAUGUUUGUGUUUUGAAAACCUGAUAAAAAUAAUCGAGUAAUUUUUAAGCGUGGGUUUAUAGUGUGGAAUGUUCCUAAUUAUUCGUGUUAGACUUAUGUUCAUUUGAUUUAGAACUGUUAAUUUAUGUCAUUGUACGAAUAUUUACGCUACAUCUGUUUUGUAACAUUCGCUAGCGUUUUAUAGUGAGGUAAAAGUAAUUUUCAUAGCGUGGGUUUAUCAUGUUGCUAUGUGAAAUUUGCAUGUCCCCAAUUUAUUCAUGUUAGACUUAUGUCAUUUUUUUAUGAAUCGGGUGUUUGUAUGACAAAAUUAGUGCGAAGCUCUAGACAAAAAUAAAGAAUCGGGUGUUAUUUCUAUAGGACCCCAAGAGUUCCCUCAAGAUUCCCUAUUACCCCCAUCUAACCUUCCUUCCCAACUCCACCGAGAUCAUUGGCGUGCUAUACGUACGCGACAAAGCCGAGGCAAUCGGAUUCAGGAUUGGUACAACUAUCGUCUAAGCUCAGUAAAUAUGGGUCAACUUGUUGACGAUAUAGACCAUAUAUUCGAAGAUCAAUCGACCGUCUUUAAGUUAAAUCUCUCCUUUGGUUUCGUAUUGUUUAAUAACGAGACACAGCAGAUGCAAUAUCACCACCCCUCAGCAAACAACAGCCGUGUCUUCGACUCCCCGUUCCAGAUUCGUAAUCGUGAAGAUUUAGCCCAAGUUCGCGAAACGAUGCAAAACAUCGACAUUCAUGAAUGGGCCAAACAACAACGACCUAAUUCCAAAUAGAUUGUCAUGGAUAUUACCAACGCGACGUUUUAUGUGACCAAACUUCGAGACCAUCCCAUCGGACGUUCUGUACGUUUACCCAAAUACGUACUGGAGAGCCGUGCCAUCGUGUCGCUCGACUGUAAUGAUCAAACGGGACUACCAUACGAAGAUAAACUCUGCUUUUUCCGUUGUUUGGCCUUACACCGUGGAUGUCACCCCCAUAAUUUGGAGAGAGAUACUAAGCAUUUUUACGAACAGUAUUCUGACGCUGAAGAAUUCGAUGGUGUAACGUUAGAAGAAUUGCCCGAACUAGAAAAAUUGUUUGAAUUAAACAUUUUUGUAUAUCGGCUCGUAGAAUGUUAUGAUGAGGACAACGACACGACCUCCAUUGUAGCUCAACUGAUUCAGCGAUCUCACCGUGCCUACACCAACUCGAUGUACCUCAACCUAUAUGGUAGCCAUUUUAGCUAUAUCAAGAACUUGGGGAUGUACUCAAAGUCCUAUUGUUGUUCCAAGUGUGACAAGAUGUGGAAAACAGCGAGGGCCUUGAACCGACACGAGCGAACAUGCGAAGCAUCUAUACGUCACAUCUUCCCUGGUGGUGCCUACAAAGUUCCACAAACCAUCUUCGAUUUGUUGGCCGAUGAAGGUAUCGAGAUCCCUGAAAACCUCAAGUACUUCCCUUAUCGUGCCACCUUUGACUUUGAGUGUUACUUCAAACGUGAAACCGAACAUCCACGAAAUACAGCAAAGUUGACGUGGGAAGCCGAAAAUAUCCCAUUGAGUGUCUCUGUAUGUUCGAACGUCCCUGGUUAUGAUCAACCCAAAUGCUUCGUCUCGUCUGGCAGUACAAGUGAAAUGAUCCAACAGUUCGUGGAAUAUUUGGUUGAGGUCAGCCAAGAAAGCUAUGGAUUGUUGCUGGACCAAUUCUCUGACGUCUUUCGUCAAAUUGAUGAACGGGUCAAUGAGGUAUAAUUCACACGUAUUAGAUUCUUAGUAUAUUUCUUAUCCUUAAUAUUUUUUCUUAUAUCUUUAGGUGGGGGAAAACGAGGUUAUGGAAGUUGCCGCGGGGGAGGAUAAUGAGGUAAAUUAUAGGAAGGUUAUUUUUGCACUUAUAUUCUUUAUAUUCUAAUAUAUCUUAUGUUUUAGCAAAAUACAGAGGAACGGCUGAUUGAGGAUAUGGUGGGAUGUUUGAUGGGGCUGAAUAGUGAGGUAUAUAACAUAUGGUUUGAACUCAGCAGUGGCCUUUCCUGUGCUUACCAUAUGUGUACCUUUUUAGGCGAGUGAAGAUGAAGACGAAGUGAAUAAAGAUAAAGUCGUUGAAGAGAAAGUGAGUAUCACACUCAUGAUCCAUUUUAGCGGUUAUAUAGAUUAGUAGGGAUGUGUAAGUAUCUUGCUUUUUACUUAUGACACCUUUUCAUUUAGGAUGUGGUCCAUCCUCUGCUCAAACUCCAAGAUAAGUUGUCAGAAUACUUACAAGAGUUACCAAUUCUUGGAUUCAACUCUGGUAAAUAUGAUAUUAACGCUGCGAAAAACCCUUUCUUUUCACAUCUCGUCAAACACGAACAAGUUAAGUUUGUGAUAAAAAGGAACAAUAACCACAUGUGUCUUAAGACUCAACACUUAAAAUUCCUCGAUAUCACAAACUAUCUGGCUCCGGGAUUUAGUUACGAACAGUUCCUCAAAGCGUACGAGUGCUCCCAGACCAAAGGCUACUUUCCGUACGAGUGGGUCGACUCCCUCGACAAACUCAAUCAUUGCUCCUUACCACCACGCGAAACCUUCCAUUUCACUCUAUCCGGAACCGACAUCACCGAGGAACA